GCAGCUUUCUUCAUCUGCUCUUGAUAUCUGUGAUAAGGUGUAUUCUUUCCACAGCUAAAAGGAACAAAGACAGCCUGUUCUAUCUCAAGUGAUGACUUUACAACUGCCAUGCAGCUAGCAAGUGUGUACAUUUCUUAGAAUAUACAAUACUUAUUUAAAACCAGCACCUCUUGUGCAAGAGGGAAAUGACAAACCCUAAAUUCUCCAAGAGCUCCUGGAUACAUUUGUCAUAAAUGCUGCCACAGAACUACCUAAAUCAGGGGCAAUGGACUCUUCCAUUGGAGUUCCUCAAUGGAAUACAAGAUAAACAAGGGUCUGCUUGGAAUGAUCACUGAUGAAAGUGGGGAAAUGACAGGACAAAAUGGCACAAUACAGGUUCAACAUCUACUUUGGUUUUGAGGCAACACUUUAACUCUAUAGUGGCUCGCCCUCUCUGAUAAACUUUUUAUGUUUGAAUGACAGUGUAAAGUUUCAGAAAAUGAGCUUCUUAGCCGAAAACAGGAACACCUUGAAUGUGACGACCGUUUCUUUCAUCCCGCUGAACCUUGAUCUCAAACUGCUGGGAAAAGCUAACGUCUCACACGCCUGUAACAAGACCAUGAACGCUGAGAACCUCUCAGACCUGUCCUGCGCUGACAGCCUCACGCCACAGUGCUUUCCAUUAGUCACGGAUAAGAACUGGCCAGCCCUGCUCAUUGUGAUUGUGAUCAUCUUAACUAUCGCCGGCAACAUCCUAGUGAUUAUGGCUGUUUCCCUGGAGAAGAAACUACAAAAUGCCACCAAUUAUUUCUUGAUGUCUCUUGCCAUCACUGAUAUGUUGCUGGGCUUUCUGGUCAUGCCUGUCUCCAUGCUCACAAUACUCUAUGGAUAUGCUUGGCCCCUGCCUUCACAACUGUGUCCCAUCUGGAUUUACUUGGAUGUGCUGUUCUCCACUGCUUCCAUCAUGCAUCUGUGUGCGAUCUCCCUGGAUCGGUACAUUGCCAUUAGAAACCCCAUUCAUCACAGCCGUUUCAACACAAGAACUAAGGCCUUCAUGAAAAUAAUAGCUGUUUGGACUAUAUCUGUUGGGAUAUCUAUGCCUGUUCCAGUUUUCGGCCUGCAGGAUAAAUACAAAUUUGUCAAGGACGGCAGCUGCUUUCUCACGGACGACAACUUUGUUCUGGUGGGUUCCUUUGUGGCCUUCUUCAUCCCACUGACCAUCAUGGUGGUGACCUACUUCUUGACAAUCAGGGCUCUGCAGAACGAAGUGACCCUGUGCUUGGAUGAACUGGUUCCCAAAACCAAAUGGACAUCCUUCAGCUUCCUCCAGCAGAGCUCCUUGUCCUCAGAAAAACUGUUCCGCAGGUCUCUGAGCAAAGACUUCAGUGUUUGCGGACAACGGACCAUGCAGUCCAUCAGCAACGAGCAAAAGGCGUCCAAGGUCCUUGGGAUUGUCUUCUUUUUGUUUGUGAUCAUGUGGUGCCCGUUCUUUGUUACCAAUGUGCUGGCCGUAAUCUGUAAGGACACCUGCAACACUUGUGUAAUUGGCGGGUUGCUCAAUGUCUUUGUGUGGAUCGGUUACCUGUCUUCUGCAGUCAACCCCCUUGUGUAUACGCUGUUUAACAAGACAUAUCGUUCAGCAUUCUCACGCUACAUCAAGUGUCAGUACAAGGAAGAGAAGAAGCCACUGCAGCUCAUUUUGGUCAACACUCUUCCACCUCUGGCCUACAACUCCACUCAGCUCCAGCUGGGAGACAUGAACACACUGAGCAACGGCAGCCGGAUGGAAAGAAAAGACUAUUCUGUUGUUUCCUUAGGAAUUCAUCAUUUUAAUAGUUCUAAACCCAAUACCGGUCAGGUGACUGAGAAGAUGAGUUGCGUGUAACUGUGCUGGACUAUCAUUCAUUUUAAGUACAAGAAAGUGAAGACAUUGAUAAAGACUUCUCGGUGAAACUUUGCCAUACAGUUUUACGAAUUUCUUUUUGUACAAGAAAGACUGACAAUCUGGCAACCCAUAGCAUUUAUCAAAAGAUAUAUACUACAAGCUAGGUUGAUGAGGCUGUAUCUUACUAUUAAUAUUACAAAUAAAACGCUUUUACAACAGAAUCCACAGCAUACACUUCAGGAAUCAUUUUAUACUGCCAAAAUAUAGUUGUAACUGUGGGAAAAGACAGUCAAGGUUUAUUUUAAUAUCAAUAAAGAGAAAACAAUACAAAUAUGUUUUGUUUUGCAAAAGCUACACUUUCUACACUGAACCUACUUUUAAUGUUUAAUUGAUAUAUUUAGACAUUUUAUGUUACCCCCAACAAAUAUAUUAUCAUGUUUGUCUUGGAGAUUUGCUAAAACUUCAUUUCUCAGUGCUACGCAGCAGAAAUAGUUUUAACAUGGUAUCCCCACAGUUCCUUAAAGGGUAAAUAGUUUAAAAUGAUAUACCAAGAAUCAAAAGAAACUUAUCACUAUUAUAACACAUUUAUUUUCGAAAAAAUAAGGUAUAUAAAUGAUGGACAUUGACAAAGUUUUUGGUUUCUUUUUAAUCACUCGAUCAUUCAUCCUUGACCAUGACACGCUUGAGUGACUAUGACUGAAGCAUAUGCACUUAAUCACCUAAUUAGUGAGACAGUUGAUUGGACACUGGAUAUGGAGUGAUUUCAGCUGUUGAAUUGCAAGCUUGAAUAAAAGCAAUAAAGAAAAUCACAGAAAAAAAACAAUAUGCCCCGUCUGUCAAGAGAGCAGCGCCUUUGUGCAAUUGCCAUGUUGGAGGCUGGACUAGGGCAGCGUACUGUGGCUCACCGUCUUGGGUGCUCACAGCCAGCAAUUUCAAACCAGGUGAGACAGUAUAACCAGACACACUAUGUCAAUGACAGGCCACGAACUGGGAGACCAAGAGUCACAACACCUGCCCAAGAUCGACAGAUCAUUUUGCAGCAUCUUCAUGAUGUCAAUUGUUAAUCAGCACAAUAAAAAGUCACUGCACCUGGUCUAAAACAGUUUGUCAUAUUUUGAUCACAUCUAGUGAAUUUUAUCCAAACAUAAGUGAUAAGUUUCUUUUGAUGCACAGUAUAGUUUAACUGAAUUUGUUCUGAGAUCCUCUUUUGCUAGCACAAUAUUGAUUUUCACAACUUACAAUGUCUACCCGUUGACAUGUCUGGGAGCCUGAAUUACAUACAGAAUUCCUAUGGUGGUACAGUUAGAGAAUUUCUGACAAGGCCUGGAAAAAUGUAACGACCUCUGUGACAUUCCAACAGCACUGACUGAUUUGCAAAGGUGCCCUUGGAAAUGUUUAAGACAGAAAAUGUAUGGUACUACUUUCAUUUCAUUUUUCAUACCGUAAAUGAUCAUAAAUUUCCAAAACAAAAUGGUUGUGUUACUGACACCUCACAUGAACCAUUAUUGUCAUAGCCUUUAAAUUACAACAUUUCCACUCUGUAUAAAGUAACUUGUCAUGUUUAAGUGUGUAACGUGUAUUUAGCAAUAGAGAUCCAUAUUGUACAAGACAAUGUUGUGAGAUAAAAACAGUUUCUGGAGUAUAUAUUUGAGAAGCUUGCAUGAAAGUUUGGUCACCAUGUUUUUAAAACCCCUUUUAACUGCCAUCGUGAAUUAUCAUGGGCUGUCUGCCAUGUUUUGUAUAGUUCAAGAGAGUGAAAUAUUAUGAGCUGUCUGCCAUGUUUUGUAUAGUUCAAAAUAGUUAAAUAUCAUGGGCUAUCUGCCAUGUUCUGUAUAGUUCAAGAUAAUUAUGGAUCAAAAUAAUUUAGAAGUGAGCGUGUCACUGUAGGCACCUUUAAUCUCACUCUUAUCUACUUUAAAGGUCUUGUUCUUACUUAACAGUUUUCUUUUUCAGAAGCCUCAACUAAUUUAACUUUCAUAAAUUAUUUAACACACGAGGUAGCCUUUUCAUUUUCAUGUUUCAUGCAUAACUGCUAAUGCUUGGUUAAUGCAAGACAGCUCCCAUUGGCGGAAAUAAGUUGGGUAUAAGUUUCAUCUGCAGUUAAAGACAAGGUCUGAUAUUUUUAUGAUCCAAAUUAAACAUCUCUAGGACAACCCAACCAAUCAUCUUUUCUUCUCACACUAGCAUUGUUUGAGAGUGUAAAACUUACUUAUUUAAUCCAAAAUGAUUGACAUACCAAUAUUUUUAUUUUGAAAAUGGUCUGGUAAAAUUUUAGUAGUAGUAUAUUUUACAACCCCAUUGUUGUCAAAUUGAUAUUCAAUAAAUAUGCCACUGUCUUAGCUACAGACAGAGGAACCCAAGCAAAAAAUGAUGAGCACAUUUAUUUUCUAUUGCUCAUUGCUCAAUAUGAAAGUAACAAAAGGCCAGACAUUUUUUCUGGGCCAUUACAAUAAGGAAAUGCUCAAGAUGUCCAGGUGUUAAAAAUACUGAGCCACACAAGUAGAUAUUAAUUUACCGUAUAAAAGGACAAGAGACAUACGGUACACUGCACUGCAGACACAUUCAGAACCAACAGAAUAUUUAUUUAAUGUUGUUACUCAACUUUAUGUCUAAUGAUUUUUCUCUUGUCUGUUCAGAAUAAACUGGAUAGUGUAAGUUCUCCCAAUCAGACUGGAGUUGUUGUGUGUGUGUGUGUGUUUUCAGGAGGUGGACUACUGAAAAAAUAA